UGUAAGUGGCUGUGGAGGCCAAUUCUGAAUCCACACGACAUUGGUUUUCAGGCAGGAGUUGAUCAUGGUAUGGAUUUGCCAAGUGUGCCUUCCUCUCAGCAUGUUUCUCCCUUGCGUCCUGAGUUCAAGUGUCUUCAAAGCCCAUGACACCUUCGGUAAAGGCUGUUCUCCAACUGGAGCUCUUGCAGGCCAGUGUUUUCCAAUUGUUGGUGUUUAUACUACAAUUUUUUUUUUUAGAUUUGCCUUGAGACAGUCUUUAAACCUCUUUUGUCUCUGAUAGGACGGUAUCCAGCUGAGAGUAAAAAUUUUCUUUAACCUCUUCAUCAGCUUCCAGUGUUGGUGCGUAAGCGCUUAUAAUAGUUCUUACUGGUACUACAUUAACUCUACAACCAGGAAUAUAUGCUGGAUCCAGUUAUUUCAAGAGCUGCUUAUCAGUUCAAGAGGUCAGAUUCCUCAUUUCUGUCUGCCUUGGGCUCUAUUUUUUCCUCCAAGAAGCUGAAAAGAAUACAAUACCGCUUUUGUGAGCUCGCCAUUAAGGGAUUGUCUCUCCUGAACCACAUGACUUGAUAAGGGUUCGGUCUUGUAAGGCAACUUGUUUUUCUGUGAAACUGCCAUGUUAAACUUGCUUCGCUAAGGUACUUAAUUGCUAAAUGGCUGGAGCUUCUCCCCAGUCGCUCGGUCUGUUUGUACAGUGCACAGGCGUUUGCUCUGUACCAAACCUCCCUCCCUAGCACGAUGAUGUUUGAGGAUGUCCUCCGGGAGGUGGAUGGCUUUGGGAGAUACCAGAUCCUGGUCUUCUUGAUGCUUUGCAUUCCCAGACUGAUGAUCCCCAUGCACUUCCUGCUCCACAAUUUCAUCUCUGCCUCUCCAUCUCACCACUGUGUGCUUCCAGCCUUUGCUGGCACUUCCAAUCUCAGCCAGGAUGAGGUCUUCUCCGUUGGCCUCCCAAGAGAGCCUGGCGGGACACUGAGCCCCUGCAAGAUGUUUUCUAGGCCACAGUUUCAGUUGCUGGAAAAUUCUUCCUGGGAGCUGGACAACGCCUCAUCAAUCCUGAGCUGCCAGGAUGGCUGGGUCUACGAUUCCUCACAAUAUGCAUCAACCACGGCCACUGAGUGGGAUCUGGUGUGUGAGAAGAAAGGCAUGAACCAGGCAAUUGCUACCUUUUUCUUCAUUGGUGUUACUUUGGGGUCUGUACUUUUUGGCUACUUGUCUGACAGGUUUGGCCGGCGGCGGAUGCUUCUACUGUCUUUCCUUUCCACGAUGUUCUUUGGGGCCCUGGCUGCGUUUGCAGAGUCUUACCUGAUGUUCAUCAUCAUGAGGUCGCUCUGUGGGAUGGGACUCACAGGCGUGUCCAUCAUCUCCUUGAUAUUAGCUGUAGAAUGGACUGACGUCAAGCAUCGCACCUUCUGCGGCACCAUCAGCGGCAUUUCCUGGUCUCUUGGGUACAUGCUUUUGGCGCUUGUGGCCUACCUGAUUCGGACGUGGCGUUGGCUCCUGUUGGCUGUCACCUCUCCCUGCCUCCUCAGCAUUGUCAUUUGGUGGUGGCUCCCAGAAUCUGCCCGGUGGCUCUUGACAAAGAAGGAGGUGGAGGCAGCGCAUGGCUAUCUUUCCAAAUGUGCCAGAGUCAAUGGCAAGAAAGAGUUUGACUCCAAGAUAACUCCAGACGUCCUGCGGAGGACACUGACCAUAGAGGAGUCAAGGACCUAUUUCUACUGGCACCUGGUGAAGACUCCCAAGCUGAGGAAAACCACCUUGUGUUCUGUCGUCGUAUGGUUUGGUGUGGCAUUCACCUAUUACGGCAUCAGUCUAAACAUCAGCGGUUUCAGCUUGGAUCCGUACGUGACACAUUUUAUCUUUGGGGCCAUUGAGAUCCCUGCCAAAGUCAGUGUGUAUGUUGUCUUGGACCGCAUCGGCCGCAGGCAUUGUCAGGCAUGGACUCUGAUUGGAACGGGAGGCAUGAUUGCUCUGAAUGCAGCCAUCCCUGCAGAGCAUGGGCAUCUCCGGUCGGCGGUGGCCAUCUUGGGCAAGGGUUUCUCUGAAGCCUCUUUCACCACCGUCUUCCUCUACACAGCUGAACUUUUUCCAACGGUGGUCAGGCAGAGUGGUGUUGGCUGCUGUUCAUUCAUAGCACGGUUGGCCAGCUCCAUAGCUCCUCUGAUCAUGCUGCUAGAUGACACCUGGAGAUACCUUCCUCCCUUGAUAUUCAGUGUGGUGGCACUGGUGUCUGGGACGGUGGCCUUUCUGCUAACAGAGACAACCAACAUCCAGUUGCCAGAGACUAUCGAAGAUGUGGAAGAUGGCAGAAACAAAAAGGCAUUGGGAACCCAAGUACACGGACAAGGCAUGGAUGGAGCAAUCCCUCUUGGGCUGAUGACUCAAACUGGCACAGAUGCUCCCCUCUCUCAGCAACAGGAAGCCAGCACUGAGUGCAAUGGGAAACAACACUGUAAUCAGACGUUGCUGGCCAACGGAAUGGACGCUGCUGGAUGCUCGGAAAAAGUCUGAUAUAAUGGGAACUGGGUGCUAGUUGGAGCUGAAAGCCAAUAAGAGGAUAACACUGUCGUGAAGUUAAAUCCCACCGUAUGGCAUUUUAAUUUGUUUUCAGCUUUCAGAGAGGGCCGAAUCUGAUACACUGACCCUAUUUUCCAACAUGCGCGAUGAAAUAAAGCGUUUGGGUUAUAUUGUGCCUGCUA